AUCAUCAGUCCGCAAAGCUGUCACCUUUUUACAGCAGCACUCGCAGGAUAAGCGUACCGCUCAAUCGCUUGCCCUCCCCGAUGAUCGCUCACCGGCCACCGUUAUAAUAGCCGCUUGCACCGUCGCUGUCGCACAGUCGCUUUGUCGCAGUCACUGUCGCCGCUCGCGUUGUCGCCGUCGCACUGUCGCCCUCCAGGGCCACAGGCGGCUCAGCGGCUCUGCAGGGCCGCGCAAUGCCGAGCGCGCAAUGCCAAGCGCGAAGCCCCCGCCGCUAGGGCAUUCGAUUCGCCGCGGCUACUAGCGACCAGCGCAAUGCAUCUUCCUCGGGACUUUAAAAGACCGCGCCUCGCGAGAAUGGCGUUACCAGAAUCGCGGCCGCAGCUCGCGCGAGGCGUGGGCGCGCUGCGCGUGCUGCACGUGGUGCUGGGCGCCUUGGUGCUGUCGACGCCUGCGCGGUGGGGGCGGGCGGAUGCGCAGCAGCAGCACGCGGGGGAGCAAGGGGUGCAGCAGCACACGCCAGCCAACACGCCAGGCAGCGUCAGCCCUCAGCCGUGGUCGUCGAUUCCACAGCAGCAGAACCCACAGCAUCAGGGAGGGGUGCAGCAGCCGCAGCGGGAGGUGCAGCGGUGGUAUUUGGACAACAGCGAGCUCGAGUCGUUCCUCAGGGGCUAUGUGGACCGCUGCAGCCACAUGGCGCGAUUGUACAGCAUCGGUCGCAGUGUGCUGGGUGUGCCCCUGUGGGUGCUGCUCAUAACGCUGAAUCCGGGUGACAAGCGCCCGCGCUUCACAUUCAAGUACAUAGGCGGAGUGCACGGGGACGAGCCGUUGGGGCGGCAGCUGUUGCUGUACCUGGCUGACUGGCUGUGCGCCAACUACCCUGCGCACCCUGCCGCGCGGGAGAUAGUGGAGGGCAUGGAGCUGCACGUGCUGCCCGCCAUGAAUCCGGACGGCUUCGCGUUGCACACGCGGGAGAACGCCAACCGCAUCGACCUCAACCGCGCCUUCCCGGACCCCUGGUUCCCGGCAAUGAAUGCAGCGGAGGCGGGGAGGCAGGCGGAGGUGCGCGCCGUGAUGCGGUGGACGCAGCGCCACCACUUCAGUGCGUCGGCCAGCCUGCACGGGGGGGCGCUGGUGGCGAGCUACGCGUGGGACGGCACUAAAGACAAAGGCACGCACUACGCCGCCUCGCCUGACGACGCCACGUUCCGUCUGAUGGCGUCCACCUACGCCUCCUCGCACCCCACCAUGGGGCUCAGCCGGGACUUCCCUGGCGGCAUCACCAACGGCGCCUCAUGGUACCCCCUGUAUGGCGGCAUGCAGGAUUGGAACUACGUGGUGGCGCACUGCAUGGAGAUCACCCUUGAGCUGCACAUCGCCAAGUGGCCUGCUCCCAUCCUUCUGCCUCAACUGUGGGAGGAGCAUCGACCCGCCAUGCUCGCACUUCUCACCACCACUGCCAAGAUGGGUGUGCAAGGCACGGUGCUCUCUGCUGCCACCAGCGCGCCUCUGCCUGCUGCCAUCAUCGUCCACGGCAUAGAGUACAACGUCGUGGCAUCGAAGCGCUUUGGAGACUUCUACCGCCUGCUGCCGCCCGGGAACUACACAGUCACCGUGUGUCACCCCGCGCACAUCAACCACACCACCAACGUCACAGUGCUCCCCAACCAGCCCACCCUCCUGCGCAUCCUCCUCCGCCCCACCUUCCCCCCCUCCAACUCCGCCCCCUCCAUCUUCCAAACCCGCUCCGCCCCCCGCUCGCCCCACCCAUUGGGCCUUAGUGCCUGGUUACCCUGGCACUGGGGCAGCAGGGUGGGGGCAGACGGGGGAGAGGGGGGGGUGAGGAGAAGAGGGCGGCAGGCAGGGGGGGCAGGGCCUGCAGAGGACCCUUCCCUGGUUCUACCUGCACGGCAGCAGGCGGCUGCGGCGGCGGCGGCGGCAGCGGGGGUGUUGAGCAGCGAGGAGGUGAUGUGGGCGGUGGGCAUGGGCAGCAGUGCCGCGCUCGCUGCUGCCGUGCUGGCCGUGCUGCUGCUGGCCGCGCUACUCAUGAUGGUGGGGCAGAGGCGGAGGAGGCUGAUGUACUUGCACCGGGGCGUUCCUCUGCGGGUACUGUCCAAGGUGUGACCCUGCUCAAACGACAAGCGUGUGCUGCGCUGCUGCCAGUGCUGGCAGUGCUGCUGCUGGGAGCGCUGCUCAUGAUGGCGGGGCAGAGGUGGCAACGCCCGCUGCUCUUGCACACCGGUGUUUCCGAGGGCAUGUGACUGAAACGAAGAAUGCUAUGGUCACAAAGGGUGUGGUAAUAACGAUUUUAUUUUUUAUGCAACUAUAGUUUGCACUUUACCAAAACAACAAGACACCAUAUCAGAUGCCCAUGACUCCGUUUCCUCUGAGAUUUGCACUUGCGUAGGCCAUGAGUGGCCUACUAGACAUUAUAAUACCAACAUCCCAUGUGAUCCACAGCAG